GUUAUUACAACAAUGUCAGACCAGAUGACAGGAGAUAUGAAGGAUGAAAUGCGAGCAAUAACAAGAGAAAACCUUGAUGAGAUUACAGUCAAUUCAGCAGACGAUUUAACGACAGUAGUAGUGAGAGAAUCAAAAAAUGCAGUAAGUGAAGUAACACGUAAGAAGGAAAAGAAAGAUGAUGAAGCAUGGUGGAAAGAAAUUGAUUUAUCUUUUUUGAAAGGAGGAAAAGAAGGAAUUACAAAUAAAUUUAUAGAAUUUGUGAGACCUCAUAUCCGAAGAUGCGGUGACGACAUCAAUCAAAAAAUCAGUAAAAAGCUACCUGAACACGCUAAAAGCAAACUUAGAGAGAAACUAGGAUUUGGUUUUAAAAAUCGUGAUGUGACAGUAGUCAAAGAUCGCGGAAUUCACUUGCAUGAAGGAGGAUUUAAACAUCUAAUGGAAAAAUUUCGUUGUGACGAAGGAGAAGAUAUCAUCUCGAAAACUUUUGACAAAAUUUUUCAAAGACUUCCGGAAAAACUUCAAGAAAUGUUGGAACCGCACAUUAAAGAAUUUGAGGAAAAAUUGUUGGAAACUCUGCACAUAGAAUUAUAUGAAAAUAUAUUUAAAGAAGAUAAUUUCUUAGGGUCAAUAAAAUCUAUGAUAAAUAGAGAUAAAGAUGGUGAUGGGAAAAAUGAUUUUGUACAAGGGGUCUCGCACGCAAAUACUUCAUAUGUUUCUUUUUUUACCAAGUUCAGGAAAUAA